UAAACAGACACGCCAAUUAUUAACAUAAUUAGGCGUUACACCUAACGUUGCGCGCUCCUGUGCAGACAGCAAAACAAAACCGUGUGUGUUGUUGUCGAGAACACGACCACCGCUACUGCCAAUCAGUGAGCCAAAGGAAGGAAACAUUGUGGUGACGUGAAUGGGCACGGAGCUACGACAGCGUAUAAAGACAUCGCAAAGACCACAUCAACCACUGGGAGGAGAGGCUCGAGCGGGUCUCACUUGGACCGACCCGCAGGUCUGAGCGAGCUGUCGACGCCGUAGGAUUUGAUGAAUUCAUCACAAAACCAUGGAGCUAAACAGCAUGUCCCCUGUUUUACAGUCCAAAAUGGCAAUCUCGCCCCAAUCCAGCCGGUCGACCGUCGAUCGAGCAGGCUCUUCAAAAGUUGUUCUUGCGUACAGGAACGCGUCGCAGCAUUUGUGCUCGAGUGGAAUAAAAGCAGGGAUGGGUAUGCUGAAACUGGCGACGUUGCAAUGGAAACAAUGUAAGACGCGAUCUGAGGCAAUCGUGAAGCAGGGGUCCUCGCCAUCCAGCAGGAAUUCCUGCAAGAAUUCCCCGCUCGAUCAAUUGGCAGCUUUAGUGGUUAAUGGUCCAACCCGCCUGAGUCAGCUUGGACAGGAGCCCUGCCAAGAUAAGUCCAGGAAACACCAGAACUGUAAGCGCAUCGUGGUGCUCGGCGCUCCGCGGGUCGGAAAGACCUCGAUUCUCAGAAGGUACCUCCGGGAUGGAUUUGUGGAAGAGUACAAGCCGACUUCUGAGGACUUUCAUAGAAAGCUUUUCCGUAUCCGCGGAGAGACAUAUCAAAUUGACAUCCUGGAUGCGUCUGGAGAAAGAAGCUUUCCAGCCAAACGGCGCCUCUCCAUUCUAACUGGUGACGUUUUCUUGCUAGUAUUCAGUCUGGACGACCGGAGCUCAUUCGAGGAGGUGUGCGCCUUGCGGACAGAGAUCCUGGAAGCAAAGGCCAAACUAAACCAAAUAUCUGUGCCGGGUCAGUGCGCAACUGUUCCAUUUGUGGUGUGCGCCAACAAGAUGGAUCUACCGCUGUCGGAGAGAGCUAUACCGCAAACAGACUUGAUGCAAACGCUUGGCGAGGAUUGUGCGUACUUUGAAACCUCUGCCAAGGAAAGUACUAACCUAGAUAAAGUAUUCGAGGCCUUGGCGAAGCAAGGGGGCUUGCCUGCGGAAACCGGCCCAUCGCAGCACCGCAAAGUCUCUCUACGUUCGUACCAGGCAAUGUGCACGGACCGCGUGCACGGCAGAUGGAGCCAGGCGCCCCGCAGCGAUGACGCGUGCGGCGCACUGCAUCCACUAGCACGACGGCCGAGUUUCAGCACAGAUCUUCGUCAAAUCAUGGGACCUCAUCAGCCACAAAAGCCUUGUAAAAAUUUUGAGAAGUGCAAGAUUCAAUAAGAAACACAUAUCGAUAACCGUUGCGGUGCUUCAACAGCCUAUUCCAUGGUGGUCUUAAUAGUAAAACAUCAUUAUUUCAAGGUCCCUUUUAAAUGUGCUGUGGACUAUAGGCCUACGUGGCUGUUGGCUGAGUAUUUGCCAUUAUUUAUUAAUGUUAUCCAGUAAGUUGAUUAUUUAUUAUUACCCGUAUCUCACUUUGUUUUUGUGUGUGUUGGCCAAAGCUCCCUCUUUCAUGUUGUCAAGUGAUAUGCAUUCAGAGAUACGAAUAAAUGCUGUGGAAACUGGAA